AUGACGCGAAUACUGUUACUAAUUAUUGCGUUGUAUGCUAUAGUAGUGUCGAAGGCCCGAAAUGUCGAUAAUAUACCAACGCCGUUUAGCGCUAAAGGAGAGCUUGUUUCUGGAGGAAGUGAACGGCUUGAUCAAAUAGUCGCAGGAACUGGUAAACAUGAAGCCAAAGAAAGCCACCAGGAAUCAGGAGGUGGUCACGAACAUCACGCUCACCAUCAUAAAGAGAAUGAAGAAAAGGGUGACAAAGGCUACAAAUCUCAUCACCACCACGAUAAAGGUGAUCACGGUUCUCAUGAAAAACAUCAUCAUGAAGGUCAUCACGAUGAACAUGGUGGACAUAAAAAAAAGCACCAUGACGAACAUGACAAACAUGGAGAGCAUCACGAAGCUGCUCACGGACAUAAAGGAGGGAAGUUUGGACACAAGAAAGGGCAUAAAAAGGGUUCUAAAACUACUGGAUUUCAUCAUAAGUCACACAAAGAUGAAUACCAUAAGGAACAUAAGUUUUACGACGAUUUCCAUAAAGGCGGAAAUCACCAUAAACAUGGAGAUUUUCAUGGGCAUCAUGACAGUAAGGAAGGGCAACACAAAAAAGGUGGGCACCAUGAAAAAGGCCAUCACGAAAAACACCAUGGUAAAAAAGGGAAACAUGACAAGGGUCAUUACGAUGAAGAUCAUAAAGGACACAAAGGUCAUCAUGGGCAUGAGGAACAUCAUGCUCACCAUCAUGAUCAUGGCAAAAAGGGAGGCCAUGCUGGUGGCAAAGAAUAUGGGUUCAGCCAUGGAAAAAAGGCAUAG